ACGCUCAAGAAUUCUUAUUUAGGCAGUUCAUAUCAUCCCAUACAUAGUGUUUUGAUCUAAGAUUGCAAUUCUUCCAUGUUUCCGCAGUAGCAUAUUGUUCCAUGGAGCUAGGGUCCAAAAUAGGAAUCAACAAGUGUUUCCACGACUCUACCGCCCGGCCAAUCCUGUUCCACUGAAUCCCCUCCCUUUUUCAUGGCCACAUAUCUUUACGGCUAAGGAGUGGGAAAUCUUUCUCCUGUUACACAAAUGAAAUGUUUCAUUUCAUCCGGGAAAAGCCACCUCUUUCUCCACAAACAAUGUCUUUGUCAUUUGAUCCAGGAGCCUUCCGUUAGAUAGGAACAGCUUUGCUAAAUACUGAGAACUCUCGGAUAGAGUAUUAGAAUGAAAAGACCAUUAAUUAUAUAAGGAAGAGCCCAGGGUUCUAGCCCAUUCCCAUUCCUAAAUCAAUAAUUCGUAGUGCUUUUGCCUUUCUUGCGUACUCCUGGUGAACCAGUUGCUAGCCAUAUGUUUAGGAGGCUUUUUUCUCCAGGUACUGGUACUAAGCCGCUUUGCCAUCUCUUCAUCUUCAUCUGCAAAGAAUUCUCGACGUGAAAACACAGAGACAAAGGCCUGAUCUUUGAAUAGGAAAAAGAAUGGAUCCGAAGGUCCCAAAUCAAUUGGCUUAUUCGAAAAAAGCCUUCUUCUUUGAAAGAUAUAUCUCGUGUCUGGUACUGCAUUGUUCCACUCUGCAAGAAGUCCGAAUCAGUCUCUUGCACCUCCCCCUUUUUAUGAUAAAUAUACCAGAAAUAAUUCGAAUAAAUAGCAGUCUCUGACAACUCAUCCUCUUUAAUCUGCUUGGACCCGCUCCAAUACCCAUAGGAAAAUCCCCAGUCAUAUUCAGCGUACCUGUCCCUGCAAUCAAAUAGAUUGUCCCAAGGGCCCCAUAUUCUAGGAGCCCAAGUUAUGCUAUUGAAAAUUCGUUCCUCUAGCAGUUCCGGUUUGACCAUUCCGUUCCCUUUUUCAAACUCCACUUCUUUUCAUAUAGCAUCCCUAAUCAAAGAGAGAACAAUAUCCAUUUCAAAACAUUUCUAACGGAUUCCUUGGUUCGGACCGACGAAGUAAUGGCACUCGAUUAUUAUCAACCCGACUGCAAUCUUUUUCUGUCGGUAAGGAUUGCACCAGAGCACCUUCUACUUCUAAUAGGCCAUGAACUAUAGAUAGAGAAGAAUCAUUCUGAGCGAGUCCAUAAGAAGCGACCCACUUUUUCAUCGGUUCCGGGGGAAGACCAAAGAUCUUGCGCGACCGGUCCGCCAGAAAAACUCAAAAGAGAAAGAAGUCUCGUUAAUCUCUUCAUGCUCGUUCCAAGUUCGAAGUACCGUUUGGCCAAAGAAAAAGCCGCUUCCUGACACGAUUGCCUCUUUAUAUAGAUAGAUAUAGGAUCUAUGGGGUUAUUACUUAGAAGUCUAUUUUGUACAAGAUCCCCUCCUAUCUGAUAGAAAAGGGUCCCAUGAUCCCGAGCCGGUCUUAUCUUGGCUCGCAAACCCCAAGUUUGUCUAUGAAGAGCUAAUCUAAUUGUAUUAGUUUCUAUAAUGGAUUUCUUAUGUGGAAUACUAAUGGAUAGGGCCUCGUUGCUAAGUGCUACAAGAUCUAGUGCACUGGAACUCGUGGUUAUGGACCCGAAUCCUUUAGUAUGGAACAUUGUCUUUUCCAAGUAAAAACCCCUAGUAUAUGAAAGAAUGAAAAGGUGCUUUCGUUCUUGUGGAAUAAGAAGCCCUCGUACCUUAAUGAAAGGAAAAUAGGAAUUUUUCGUUAGGUAUUUGACCAAAUAGGAUUGUCCAGUUCCUAUAGAACCUAUCACUAAAAUACCCGAUAGGGCUAAGCGGAACGAAAAGGGUUUUCCAUGAGAUGGUAAAUGAAAACGAUUAGCCCCACACGAGGUUUGGGAAUAAGUGAUUGUCUGAUAAUGAGCAAGGAAUAUACGUCUUUCUGCUAAAGAGAAUCUAUUAAACUCAUAAUUCAUUAGAUCCUUGUUAGCAAUGUCAACUAGGUAUCAUAAGUAAAUGGAUCUCGGUUGUUCAAUCCUUUGAUAACCAAGGUCAUUCUUUGCUAAAGAGAAAUGAUCACUAUGGGUCAGACUCAAUAGAAUUGGAUCCAUUCCAAAUAGCGAGAAUUAGGAUUCUUGAUCCCUCUCAGUCUCUCUUUCAAUUCGAGGAUCCGGAGAGGUGUUUUCAUAGUCAUCUCCGAAUAUUUGCCAUCUCCGAAUAUUUUCGAUUUCAUUUUUCUAUGAUAUGUCUUUCUAUAUGAAAAUUGGUUAUUUACGAUGUACGAUGAUCCCUGUUAAGCAUCCAUGGCUGAAUGGUUAAAGCGCCCAACUCAUAAUUGGUAAAUUUGCGGGUUCAAUUCCUGCUGGAUGCACGCGAACGGGAACGGUCUAUUGGAAUUGGCUCUCUAUCCAUGGAAUCUCAUCCAUCAUCCAUACAUAACGAAUUGGUAUGGUAUAUUCAUACCAUAACAUAAGAACAAUAAGAACUCGAAUUCUUAUCGAUACUGGAACUCAGAGCAUAGGGGGGAAAGUCGAUUUAUGGAUGGAAUCAAAUACGCAGUAUUUACAGAAAAGAGUCUUCGUUUAUUGGGAAAGAAUCAAUAUACUUUUAAUGUCGAAUCGGGAUUCACUAAGACAGAAAUAAAGCAUUGGGUCGAACUCUUCUUUGGUGUUAAGGUAGUAGCUGUGAAUAGCCAUCGACUACCCGGAAAGGGUAGAAGAAUGGGACCUAUUCUGGGACAUACAAUGCAUUACAGACGUAUGAUCAUUACCCUUCAACCGGGUUAUUCUAUUCCACUUCUAGAUAGAGAAACGAACUAAAGGAGAAUACUUAAUAAUACGGCGAAACAUUUAUACAAAACACCUAUCCCGAGCACACGCAAGGGAACCGUAGACAGGCAAGUGAAAUCCAAUCCACGAAAUAAAUUGAUCCAUGGACGGCACCGUUGUGGUAAAGGUCGUAAUGCCAGAGGAAUCAUUACCGCAAGGCAUAGAGGGGGAGGUCAUAAGCGCCUAUACCGUAAAAUCGAUUUUCGACGGAAUCAAAAAGACAUAUCUGGUAGAAUCAUAACCAUAGAAUACGACCCUAAUCGAAAUGCAUACAUUUGUCUCAUACACUAUGGGGAUGGUGAGAAGAGAUAUAUUUUACAUCCCAGAGGGGCUAUAAUUGGAGAUACUAUUGUUUCUGGUACAAAAGUUCCUAUAUCAAUGGGAAAUGCCCUACCUUUGAGUGCGGUUUGAACUAUUGAUUUACGUAAUUGGAAGUAACCAAUUAGGUUUACGACGAAACCUAGAAAUCGAUCACUGAUCCAAUUUGACUACCUCUACGGGAUAGACCUCAACAGAAAACUGUUGAGUAACGGCAGCAAGUGAUUGAGUUCAGUAGUUCCUCAUAGAAAAUUAUUGACUCUAGAGAUAUGGUAAUAUGGAGAAGACAAAAUUGUUUGAAGCACGCACAGAACCGGAAGCGCCCCUUGUUUCAAAGAGAGGAGGACGGGUUAUUCACAUUUAAUUUGAUGGUCAGAGGCGAAUUGAAAGUUAAGCAGUGGUAAUUAAGACCCCCGGGUGAAAAUAGGGAUGUCUCCUACGUUACCCAUAAUAUGUGGAAGUAUCGACGUAAUUUCAUAGAGUCAUUCGAUCUGAAUGCUACAUGAAGAACAUAAGCCAGAUGACGGAACGCGGAGACCUAGGAUGUAGAAGAUCAUAACAUGAGCGAUUCGGCGGAUUUGGAUUCCUUUUCUAUAUAUCCACUCAUGUGGUACUUCAUCAUACGAUUCAUAUAAGAUCCAUCUGUCUAGAGAUCGUCAUAUACAUCUAGAAAGCCGUAUGCUUUGGAAGAAGCUUGUACAGUUUGGGAAGGGGUUUUUUGAGAAAAAAGAAGAAUCUACUUCAACCGAUAUGCCCUUAGGCACGGCCAUACAUAACAUAGAAAUCACACGUGGAAGGGGUGGGCAAUUAGCUAGAGCAGCAGGUGCUGUAGCGAAACUGAUUGCAAAAGAGGGUAAAUUGGCCACUUUAAGAUUACCAUCUGGGGAGGUCCGUUUGGUAUCCCAAAACUGCUUAGCAACAGUCGGACAAGUGGGUAAUGUUGGGGUGAACCAAAAAAGUUUGGGUAGAGCCGGAUCUAAGUGUUGGCUAGGUAAACGCCCCGUAGUAAGAGGGGUAGUUAUGAACCCUGUGGACCACCCCCAUGGGGGUGGUGAAGGGAAAGCCCCCAUUGGUAGAAAAAAACCCACAACCCCUUGGGGUUAUCCUGCGCUUGGAAGAAGAACUAGGAAAAGGAAAAAAUAUAGUGAUAGUUUUAUUCUUCGUCGCCGUAAGUAAAUACGUAACUAGGAAUAUGGAAAAUUGCAUUUUUGGAAUUUGCAAUAAUGCGAUGGGCGAACGACGGGAAUUGAACCCGCGCAUGGUGGAUUCACAAUCCACUGCCUUGAUCCACUUGGCUACAUCCGCCCCUUAUCCAGCUAAAGGAUUUUCUCUUUUUUCCAUUCAUUAUUAUUCUAUUUAUUCUGACCUCCAUACCUCGAUCGAGAUAGUGGACAUAGGAUGCCACUCUUUAAAAUGAAAAAAAGGAGUAAUCAGCUGUGACACGAAAAAAAACGAAUCCUUUUGUAGCUCGUCAUUUAUUGGCAAAAAUCGAAAAGGUCAAUAUGAAGGAGGAGAAAGAAAUAAUAGUAACGUGGUCCCGGGCAUCUAGCAUUCUACCCGCAAUGGUUGGCCAUACAAUCGCGAUUCAUAAUGGAAAAGAACAUAUACCUAUUUACAUAACAAAUCCUAUGGUAGGUCGCAAAUUGGGGGAAUUCGUGCCUACUCGGCAUUUCACGAGUUAUGAAAGUACAAGAAAGGAUACUAAAUCUCGUCGUUAAUUGAAUUCAGAAUAGAAAGAUUCAGAAUAAACAAAAUUUAUAGGAUUCAAAUAAUCAAAUAAAGUAAAGGUAGGCGGGUAAUAACCUUAUUUAUGACAAGUUUCAAAUUGGUAAAGUAUACCCCUAGGAUAAAGAAGAAGAAGGGGCUGAGAAAACUCGCAAGAAAAGUUCCAACCGAUCGUCUACUUAAAUUCGAACGGGUUUUCAAAGCACAAAAACGCAUACAUAUGUCUGUUUUCAAAGCACAAAGAGUUCUAGAUGAGAUUCGCUGGCGUUACUACGAGGAAACCGUUAUGAUACUGAAUCUCAUGCCUUAUCGAGCAUCGUAUCCCAUCUUAAAGUUGGUUUAUUCGGCAGCAGCAAAUGCUACUCAUUAUAGGGAUUUCGACAAAACGAAUUUAUUCAUCACUAAAGCCGAAGUCAGUAGGAGUACUAUUAUGAAAAAAUUCAGACCUCGAGCUCGAGGACGUAGUUAUUCUAUAAAAAAAACGAUGUGUAAUAUAACAAUUGUACUAAAUAUAGUAAAGAAAUCAAAAUAAUCUUUAGAUCAAUCUAAGAUUUCGAUUCCCAGUAAAAAAAAAAGAAAUAUAAUAGAAAAAUAUGGGACAAAAAAUAAAUCCACUCGGUUUCAGACUUGGUACAACCCAAAAUCACCAUUCCUUUUGGUUCGCACAACCAAAAAAUUAUUCUGAAGGUCUACAGGAAGAUAAAAAAAUACGGAAUUGUAUCAAGAACUAUAUACAAAAGAAUAGGAAAAAAGGCUCGAAUAGAAAAAUGGAAUCAGACUCAAGUUCUGAAGUAAUUACACAUAUAGAAAUUCAAAAAGAAAUCGAUACAAUCCACGUCAUAAUCCAUAUUGGAUUCCCCAACUUAUUAAAGAAAAAGGGAGCAAUCGAAGAAUUAGAGAAAGAUCUCCAAAAGGAAGUUAAUUCUGUAAACCAGAGACUUAAUAUUGCUAUCGAAAAGGUUAAAGAACCUUAUAGACAACCUAAUAUUCUUGCGGAAUAUAUAGCUUUCCAAUUAAAAAAUAGAGUUUCAUUCCGAAAAGCAAUGAAAAAAGCUAUUGAAUUAACUAAAAAAGCGGAUAUAAAGGGAAUAAAAAUCCAAAUUGCGGGUCGUCUAGCAGGAAAAGAAAUUGCACGUGCCGAAUGCAUCAAAAAGGGUAGACUACCCCUCCAAACAAUUCGCGCUAAAAUUGAUUAUUGCUGCUAUCCAAUUCGAACUAUCUAUGGAGUAUUAGGUGUCAAAAUUUGGAUAUUCGUAGAAGAAGAAUAACUAACCAUGUCUUCCCAUUCCGCCCAGUGAUAGAAUAAAAAAGACAAGAACCUUGUUUUUCCAAAAAUCCCUAAAAAAAAGAAGAAAGUAUCCCUCUUUCUAUAAGAUUUAAUGAAAAUUAAGAAAUCUUUUAAUAUAAUUGCUAUGCUUAGUGUGUGACUCGUUAGUUUUUUCUUUAGGGUCAAAAAUGGAAAAAAACUUAGUAAUGAUAGAAAAUUAACUAAUAACCAACCUAUUGCUUCGUAUUGUCGAGAUCCUAACUAAGAAACAGUCACUAUGUGAAUAAAUACAUCUAUCAAAAAUGAGUAGAUCUAUCAUAUAGUUGUAGCAACUGCAUUUUUUUCUCUACAAAAGAAACCUGAUUCUAGGCUGUGAAGCAAAACUAAAGGGAUGUGGAUAAAAGGAGGGAUGAUAGAUAGAAGGAAGAAGAAUAAGAAAGAUAUAGGAUUCCCAUAUGUAUGGUCUAUGAAUUACAUCAUAAAAAAAAGGCAAUGUGAUAAAGCAUCAAUAUAAUAAAAUUCUCAAAAAAAAGAGAGAAUUCGAAAUCGUAACUUGACUUUUGAAACAACAAAUAAAAAUAUAAAGCAAUAAAUAAAGAGCAGCCGGGUUAAUAAAACUGAGAAAAUUGACUCGGAAAAAAAAAUUGGAAGCUCCAUUGCAGGAUUCAAACCUAACCAUUAAAGGAGAAGCUGUGGGAACGACAAAACCUAUGACUACAUAGGAUUUUAUUGAAAAGAAUCCUAACACUUCAUUGGGUGGGAUGGCGGAACAAACCAAAAAAAUUGCUUUAUUUGAUAAGGUUCUAAAUUAACAAAUAAGACAGGAAAGAGUAAAUAUUCGCCCGCGAAAUCCUUAUUGGAUUAGAAUACUUUACCACGAUUCAAUAAGAAUAAAAAAAAAGGAGAUUCCAAAAAAGGAAGGAUUACAUUUUAUAUAAAUAUUGAAUUUGGAUAUAUUCUAGAUCUUCUUUCUUGACUAUAUAUUUAUUUUUCUUUUUUAAGUUUAAGAAAGUCAAAAUCAAAAAAACCUAACUUUUUCUAUUAUAUAUUGAUGUGUAUCUAUCUAUAAUAUUUUUGAAUAUUAUGGAAUUAGAGAAAUGACAUUCGCACGCUUUCUCAUUUCAUUCGCGAGGAGCUGGAUGAGAAGAAACUCUCAUGUCCAGUUUUGUAGUAGAGAUGGAACUAAGAAAGAACCAUCGACUAUAACCCCAAAAGAACUAGAUUUCGUAAACAACAUAGAGGAAGAAUGAAGGGAAAAUCCUGCCGAGGCAAUCAUAUUUGUUUUGGUAGAUAUGCUCUUCAAGUACUUGAACCCGCUUGGAUCACCGCGAGACAGAUAGAAGCAGGACGAAGAGCAAUGACACGAUAUGCACGUCGUGGUGGAAAAAUAUGGGUGCGUAUAUUUCCCGACAAACCGGUUACAAUAAGACCCACAGAAACACGUAUGGGCUCGGGAAAGGGAUCCCCCGAAUAUUGGGUAGCCGUUGUUAAACCAGGUCGAAUACUUUAUGAAAUGAGCGGAGUAUCCGAAACUGUAGCUAGAGCAGCUAUCUCUAUAGCUGCCAGUAAAAUGCCCAUACGAAGUCAAUUUCUUCGAUUAGAGAUAUAGAACCCCAAAAAGGAAUAUUGAAGAUAAAAAACCCCUGGUUUUUCUUUCUGGAAAGACAAUAUUUCUUUCAUCCUUUUGCAUUGAAAUAACAAAUGGAAAUCCAAAUAAUAUGAUUCAACCUCAGACCCUUUUAAAUGUAGCAGAUAACAGUGGAGCUCGAAAAUUGAUGUGUAUUCGAGUCAUAGGAGCCGCUGGUAAUCAGCGAUAUGCUCGUAUUGGUGAUGUUAUUAUUGCUGUAAUCAAAGACGCAGUGCCCCAAAUGCCUCUAGAAAGAUCCGAAGUAAUUCGAGCUGUAAUUGUACGUACACGUAAAGAAUUCAAAGGCGACGACGGUAUAAUAAUACGCUAUGAUGACAAUGCAGCAGUUAUCAUUGAUCAAAAAGGAAAUCCAAAAGGAACUCGAGUUUUUGGCGCGGUUGCCGAAGAAUUAAGAGAAUUGAAUUUGACUAAAAUAGUUUCAUUAGCUCCUGAAGUAUUAUAAAUACUAGUAGACGAGAUAUAGAUCAAAGAAAAAAUUAGUAGAUUUUGUCUCACGUAUAUGCUUAAAAAUCCUAAAUUUAAAGAAAAGGGAAAACAUGUUGAUUAUAGAAAAAUUAGGAGGAACCUAGAAUUAGAGUCUUAUGGGCAAGGACACUAUUGCUGAUUUACUAACCUCUAUAAGAAACGCAGACAUGAAUAAAAAAGGAACUGUUCGAGUAGUAUCCACAAAUAUUACCGAAAACAUUGUUAAAAUACUUCUACGAGAGGGUUUUAUUGAAAGUGUUCGGAAACAUCAGGAAAGUAACAGAUAUUUCUUGGUUUCAACUUUGCGACAUCAAAGGAGAAAGACUAGAAAGGGAAUAUAUAGAACUAGAACCUUUUUAAAGCGUAUCAGCCGACCUGGCUUACGAAUUUAUGCCAACUAUCAAGGAAUUCCUAAGGUUUUGGGCGGAAUGGGAAUUGCUAUUCUUUCUACUUCUCGAGGUAUAAUGACAGAUCGAGAAGCUCGACUAAACAGAAUUGGGGGAGAAGUUUUAUGUUAUAUAUGGUAAUGGCCCCACCUAUAGUACCCAAAUUCUAUCUCGAACUUCCUAUUUUGAAAAUAAAAAUAGAAAAAUAGGAGAAAAAUAUAUGACAGAAAAAAAAAAUAGUAGAGAAAAAAAAAACCCGAGAGAAGCAAAAGUCACUUUCGAAGGUUUAGUUACGGAAGCCCUACCCAACGGAAUGUUCCGCGUUCGCCUAGAGAAUGACACGAUCAUCCUGGGCUAUAUUUCAGGAAAGAUCCGGUCUAGUUCUAUACGAAUACUGAUGGGGGAUAGGGUCAAAAUUGAAAUAAGUCGUUAUGAUUCCAGCAAAGGUCGUAUAAUUUAUAGACUUCCCCAUAAGGAUUCGAAGCGUACCGAAGACUCGAAGGAUACUGAAGAUUUGAAGGAUACCAAAGAUUCAAAGGAUUAGGUUUUUCUGGGGUAAUAACUUCCAAGUUUCAAAAUUUAAGUGAAGAGACUUAUUUUUUCCAAAAGAAUAGAUUCAUAGUUUAAGAAAGGAAUACCCAUAUAUGAAAAUAAGAGCUUCCGUUCGUAAAAUUUGUACAAAAUGUCGACUGAUUCGCAGGCGUGGGCGAAUUAGAGUCAUUUGUUCCAAUCCGAAGCAUAAACAAAGACAGGGGUAAUCUUUCGAAAAAGAAGCUUUUCUUUCUAAUAGCUUUUCUUUCUAAUUAAAGUAAAAAGUACCCACGGAAAUGCCCAAAUUGCAAAUAAAAAAAAUGAAAGUAAAGGAUAUAUUUUAACCUGAAACGGAUAUCUUUGUAUCUUUUUUCUUUUUGUUAUUUCUAACUCAUAUUUAUGAGAUAAUAAAAUAUGACAAAAGCUAUACCAAAAAUAGGUUCACGUAAGAAAGUGCGUAUUGGUUUGCGUAGGAAUGCCCGUUUUAGUUUACGGAAGAGUGCACGUAGAAUAACAAAAGGGAUUAUUCAUGUUCAAGCUAGUUUCAACAAUACCAUUAUAACCGUUACAGACCCACAAGGUCGGGUCGUUUUCUGGUCCUCCGCAGGUACUUGUGGAUUCAAAAGCUCAAGAAAAGCAUCACCCUAUGCUGGUCAAAGAACAGCAGUAGAUGCUAUUCGUACAGUGGGUUUGCAACGAGCAGAAGUUAUGGUAAAAGGUGCUGGUAGCGGAAGAGAUGCCGCAUUACGAGCCAUUGCUAAAAGUGGUGUACGGUUAAGUUGUAUACGCGAUGUAACACCUAUGCCGCAUAAUGGAUGUCGACCUCCUAAAAAAAGACGUCUGUAAAAAAAAAUGAAACCGCUUUCAAGAGAAAUAAACGAUUCAAUGAUCAAAUAAUACUAGUCUGUUAUGGUUCGAGAAGAGAUAACAGGAUCCACUCAAACACUAGAGUGGAAGUGUGUUGAAUCAAGAGUAGAUAGUAAACGUCUUUAUUAUGGUCGUUUCAUUCUGUCUCCGCUUAGAAAAGGUCAAGCGGAUACUGUCGGUAUUGCCUUGCGAAGAGCUUUACUUGGAGAAAUAGAAGGAACAUGUAUCACACGCGCCAAAUUUGGGAACGUGCCACAUGAAUAUUCCACAAUAGUAGGUAUUGAAGAAUCCAUACAAGAAAUUUUACUAAAUUUGAAAGAAAUUGUAUUGAGAAGUAAUCUCUAUGGAGUUAGAGACGCAUCAAUUUGCGUCAAAGGUCCUAGAUACAUAACCGCUCAAGAUAUAAUCUUACCGCCUUCCGUAGAAAUCGUUGAUACGACACAACCUAUAGCUAACUUGAGAGAACCCGUUGAUUUCUGUAUUGAGUUACAGAUCAAGAGAGAUCGCGCAUAUCAUACGGAACUCAGAAAGAACUCUCAAGAUGGAAGUUAUCCUAUAGAUGCUGUAUUCAUGCCUGUUCGAAAUGUGAAUUAUAGUAUUUUUUCUUGUGGGAAUGGAAAUGAAAAACACGAGAUACUUUUUUUAGAAAUAUGGACGAAUGGAAGUUUAACUCCUAAAGAAGCGCUUUAUGAAGCUUCUCGUAAUUUGAUUGAUUUAUUUCUUCCUUUUCUACACACAGAGGAAGAGGGCACUAGUUUCGAAGAAAAUAAAAACAGGUUAACUCCACCCCUUUUAACCUUUCAAAAAAGAUUCACUAAUCUAAAGAAAAACAAAAAAGGAAUUCCAUUGAAUUGUAUUUUUAUUGAUCAAUUAGAAUUGCCUUCUAGAACGUAUAAUUGUCUCAAAAGGGCCAAUAUACAUACACUAUUGGACCUUUUGAGUAAGACUGAAGAAGAUCUUAUGCAAAUUAAUAGUUUUCGUAUGGAAGAUGGAAAACUGAUAUGGGACACUCUAGAGAAGCAUCUCCCAAUUGAUUUACCUAAGAACAAGUUCUCGCUUUAAAUCAUUGCAAUUUUUUCCUCUUCUUCUUUUUUGAGUUAGAAUAAAAAGAAAAAAGAAAGCAAUUUGGCAUCUUUGGCAUAAUCUAUAUUUUCGCGAAAUGGAUCAUAAUAAAAUAGAUUUUAGGUAUCUAGGGAAGAUUCACUUGGAAGUAACUAUUUCCUAGAUACCCAUGCAGGGG